UCCAGAUUCUCUGACUUGGUCCACACACUCUCUCCCUCUCUUUACCUAAAGUUCAAUCGGUGGUGCACUAUCUGGACCGAUCUACCACGGUGCCAUAACCCCCAAGUCAAUCUGCACGAACUCAGUCGAUCCCGCAUUGCCGACUUUACACGCGCCCCCGAACAAACACCACAUACAUCUACUCGGAUACCACCCCCCACCGAACAACUCGAAUCGAAAACGAAACACAGAAACCUCUUAUCACAAUGGCCACGCAAGGACCUUCGGCUCUGCCCCCCACGACCAUCAUCUCCUCGAGACCCAUCUCCCAGUCGGCCGCGCACGACUUCCUCGCCGCCUACCUCGACCGCGCCGCUACAGACCCUGCGCUGCAACCCAAUGCCGGAAUCAGCGAGCAUGGUCCUUUGUCGCGCACCACGGCGGCCGCCCCCAACCUGAUGUUGCACAAUCUGAAGCGCGUGCAGGCGGGUCUGGCGGGUGAGGUGCUGGGGCGGGACUUGACCCUGGCGAAGCUCAUGGCCGGGGAGGACGGUGAUGCGCAGCAGACCCCCGAUGCGGCGCAGGGUCAGGACUGGGAAGAUGCGCAGAAGUUCCAGCAGGAAGGCGAAGCUGUGGAGGAUGCUCAGGAUCCCAUGGAUGCGGAUGUCAAUAUGGAGCAAGAUCAGGGUGACGACGCCGCUGCUGGAGGCAUUGACAAGGAGGAGAGGAAGCGCAGGAAGAAGGAGCGCAGGUUGGCUGAGAAACGGGCCAAGGCUAAGGCUGACACCGACGCUUGAAGAUCGGAACAAAUGUUAUGCACCUAAAAGUUCGGUUGUUGAUACGGUUGGCGAUGGCUUGCAUCAGCUUUUUCUCUGGGAUUUACUUUUUAUUGAUUUGGGGGUUGCAAGAUUAGACGUGCAUACUGCAUUGGGCGCAUCAAGGGCGAAAACUUUUGGAGGUUGUUAUUGGUUUGUUUUAUUA